UUAAUUCUCAUUCUCAUUGGCUAAUUUUAGAUCCGAGUUAAGUCAAUUCUCCUCCCAAAAAUUGUUGCAUAUUCUGAUUCCGCUGGAAUUUCUCAAUCAAAUAAUCCUCUGUUUUCUCAGGUAACAUUAUUUAUGGCCUCUCCCGAAAGCAACUCCAACGGAAACCUAGAGAGAGAGUUCUAUAUUCCUACCUAUAUACUUGCACCGGAUGCAAGUCAGAGUGAAGAUUUACAGUUGCCUGAUGUACCUACAUGCCCUGUGCUAGUAUUCAUCAACUCUAAAAGUGGAGGUCAACUUGGUGGAGAUCUUCUUCAUACAUAUCGAUCACUUCUUAACAAAUAUCAGGUUUUUGAUUUGGGAGAAGAAACCCCUGAUAGUGUUUUACGGAGACUGUAUUUGAAUCUAGAAAAGCUAAAGAACAAUGGUGAUGAAUUUGCCACCAAACUUGAGGAGAGACUGAGGAUAAUUGUUGCAGGUGGAGAUGGCACAGCUGGCUGGCUUCUUGGAGUUGUAUCUGAUCUCAAACUAUCUCAGCCACCACCAAUUGCUACUGUGCCUUUGGGAACUGGAAACAACCUUCCAUUUGCUUUUGGUUGGGGCAAGAAGAAUCCAGGAACUGACAAGAACUCGGUUAUCUCAUUCAUGAAGCAAGUAAUGGAUGCAAAAGAAAUGAAGAUAGACAGUUGGCACAUUCUAAUGAGGAUGAGAGCACCAAAAGAGGGUUCUUGUGAUCCUAUUGCACCACUUGAAUUGCCUCAUUCGUUGCAUGCGUUUCACCGGGUGUCUUCAUCUGACGAUCUUAAUGUGGAAGGAUACCAUACAUUUCGUGGAGGAUUCUGGAAUUAUUUCAGCAUGGGGAUGGAUGCACAAGUAUCAUAUGCAUUUCAUUCAGAAAGAAAGAUGCAUCCAGAAAAAUUCAAAAACCAGCUUAUCAAUCAGAGUACAUAUGCAAGGCUUGGAUGUACACAAGGAUGGUUUUUUGCGUCCCUUUUUCAUCCUUCUUCAAGGAACAUAGCUCAACUGGCCAAGGUUAAGAUAAUGAAAAAGCAAGGUGAAUGGCAGGACCUUCACAUCCCUCACAGUAUCAGGUCAAUUGUUUGCCUAAACCUGCCUAGCUUUUCUGGUGGACUGAAUCCUUGGGGAACACCAAAUAGUAACAAGCGUCGAGAUAGGGACUUGACUCCACCAUUUGUUGAUGAUGGCCAUCUUGAAGUUGUGGGCUUUAGAGAUGCUUGGCAUGGAAUGGUUCUUCUUGCUCCAAAUGGGCAUGGGACGCGGCUUGCACAGGCACAUAGAAUUCGGUUUGAGUUCCAUAAGGGCGCAGCUGACCACACAUUCAUGAGGAUUGAUGGGGAACCAUGGAAGCAACCCCUCCCUGUAGAUGAUGACACCGUUGUGGUAGAAAUCGCUCAUCUUGGCCAGGUUAAGAUGCUUGCAACCCAUGGUUGCAGAUCCAAAAGUACGCACGACCCUUCAAACCACGUCAAUCAUGAUGGUGAUGACGGGGAUAGUGGUGAAGAGGAUUCGGUGGUGGAAGAGCAGAGGAAGUUUGGGGCAGCAGACACAUUCAAAAUUCCUGAUGAAGUUGACAUUUCUCAUCUCAGUUGAUUCUGUUAUCUCUCGUCGUUCAAAGUUUGCUUCUACCACAACCUCCAUAUUAAGUUUGUGGUGUAGUAGAUGAAAAAUGAUGGUUCGUGUGCGAUAUAAUGACAUUGACAUUUCAGUAUCUGCAUAGGGAAUUUCCUGGUAAAUUUUAGUGUAAAUGUGUUAGUUGAAUUACUCGGUAUAUGAUACUGGAGAACCUUGAAGGCCUCUCUCUAUUUAUGAACAGUAAACCUUUUAUAGGCAAAUGUUUGAGCCUAAAUUCUUGGUUUUUAAACUUGCAUUUUCUGUCA